CCGCAUCGCCUCCCUCGACUCUGUCUCUCAACACACAUCACAAUGAGGCCAACACGCGUUUACAUGGCGCCACGCCCCUCCCUCACCGGCUUUGACCCAAAGAAGCUCGCCGCAGCAACUAAAAACAUAAAAGGCGACCCGUGGGCACGAUAUGAGGCAUGGCGGUACACAGGCAUGUUCACCCGGUUCAAUCGAUUCAGAGGCACAUUCCCUGGUCUCGGCAUCGCGACUGUAGCAUUCGCCGGAUAUCUGGUAUACGAGGAGAUGUUUAUGAAGGAAGAGCAUGAGCAUCACUGAACAGUUGAGAGGAAGCCGAGGCGGAAUCAUGCACGUUUGGGGCGUCCCGGUUGAUUCGGACAUCGUAGCUCCCAUGGCUGUACAUAUUGAAUACCAAAUGCAGAACGAUGGAGAAAGUCGAUUCAAGAAUGGCUAGCUCCUGAGAAAUGGAGGUGUACCAUGAAAAUCUCAAUAGCUCAGAAUUCGUC